GUAAACACAUAUUAAAUCAAUUUGAUUCUUUAGCGGAUCAAUGUGAACCGAAAGUUUGGCCCAAAAAUGAUUAUUUACGACUAACCAAGUGUGAAAAAAAUGUGAUUUUUGCCAGAAAUUUGCCAAAUUUUGAAAUCCCUCUAGCGGCGCUUUGGGGAAUCAAUUUCGACAGGUACGCAAGUCACGCCUACAUAAAGAACGAUCAGCUGAUUGUGAAAAUGUAAUCGAAAAUAUUUUUGAUUUGUGAAUUAUUGUGAUUGUGCUGAAAAGUCUAACAGUUGUUUAGAUAUUUUUACCCAUUUUUGGAACAACAGUUUAAAUUUAAACAACGAACUGUUUUCAUAACCCUUCUUCGUGAAUUUCCACUCGAAGCAAAUUAUCGAAUUUAAGCCUUUGUACAAUCAUAUUUAAUGACGCAUUGAAGUGACUACGAGUUUUUGCGUUGGUCGGCACUAAAUUAACCCAAAAUUGGUAAUUAUGGCCAACACUAGUGGGGCUUCCCACAAUUUUAAAGUUGUCUUAUUGGGCGAGGGUUGUGUGGGGAAAACUAGCUUGGUACUUAGAUAUGUUGAGGACAAAUUCAACACAAAUCAUGUAACCACAGUCCAGGCUUCUUUUCUCAACAAAAAACUGAAUAUAGACAGUAAACGCAUAAACCUAGCGAUUUGGGACACUGCAGGUCAAGAGAAAUUCCACGCAUUGGGUCCGAUUUAUUACAGAUCAUCAAACGGUGCAGUGUUGGUGUACGAUAUCACUGACGAAGAUUCGUUUCAGAAAGUCAAAAGUUGGGUAAAAGAAUUGAGGAAGAUGUUGGGGGCUGAGAUAUGUCUAGUGAUUGCAGGAAAUAAGACUGAUCUUGAGAAAAACAGGAAUGUUAGUUUAGAAGAUGCGGAAGCUUACGCGAGUAAAGUUGGAGCGAUACAUUUCCAGACGUCGGCGAAGUUAAAUAAAGGUGUAGAAGAGAUGUUCCUGACUCUUACUCAAAAAAUGUUGGAGACUGUUGAGGAGAAAGAAGCGCAAAAUGCGCCCUUGUCUAGGCAGAAUUCGCAGAGACGCAACGUGGUUGUUGUUGACGAUGAUCAAGUUCCUCCACCACCCACAAGGCAAUGUUGUGGAAAUUCGUAAAUUAUUUUCGUUACUUUUUGUAUAUAUUUUCAUUUUAAGUCAAAAAGAGACACUUCCUGUUUCAUGUAACGAGAUUCAAGGUUGUAAUUUUAAUUUUUGGAGUUUCCAAAAAAUGCUUUAUAAAAAUAAACCCAAAUGUGUACAGAA